UCAAUUAAUGUUCCCUAUUUUUCAAACUGCCUUGCCCAUCAUACAGUAUUACAGUUGGCUCUAUUCAGCGUAAUAUCCAAUAUCUCAUGUGUAUACUGGACUAGGAACAUCGGUGCUUGAGUGAGAGUGGGUGUAAGAGGAGGGAUAAAAACCUGAUUUUCAAUCUAAAGCUUGUCUUUAUUGGAAAGACAGCUGUUAUAUAAUCUUUGUUUUGUCAAGCACCUUGGUGACUCCCUUGUUUAGAUAUUGUUAUUUAUUUCAGUUCUAGGAUAUUAGUCUUAGGACGUAUGAUCAAUUUACAGAGGAGAGGAAAAGAUACUGAAGUUAUGAAUGCUUGCAUUUGGCCAAGAGGCAGAUUGGGUGUCGGCAAGCUUCAAAGAGGCAGUUGAGAUCCUGUGCGAGGCCUAAGGAUUUGGAAAAUGGAUAUGGUCCGGAAAAAGAACCCCCCUCUGAGAAACAUUGCUAGUGAAGGCGAGGCACUGACCCUCGAGCCUGUAGGUACUGAGAGCAAGGUGUCUGGAAGGAACAAAGAAUUUUCUUCAGAUCAGAUGCCAGAAAACACUGACCAGGGUGAUGCUUCAGAACUGAACAAUAAGGAGGAGCAGUGCAUGCAUGUACAAGAUCCAUCUUCCAGCACUAAGAAGGACUUGAAAAGCUCAGUCCUGACAGAGAAGGCUGGCUUCAAUUAUGAAAGCCACAGCAAGGGAGGAAAUGUUCCAUCCUUCCCUCAUGAUGAGGUGACAGACAGAAAUAUGUUGGCUUUCUCAUCUCCAGCUGCUGGGGGAAUCUGUGAAUCCUUGAAGUCUCCUCAGAGAUCAGAUGCAGAUGACACCCAAGAUAUGGCCUGCCCCUCAGCGGGGGACCAUUUGGAGACCAAUGAAGAACAUCAGAUGUCACCCAAGGCUCCAGCGGAGACGGUGCGAGUGCAGAGUAGUCAGGCCGAUUGUCAGGGGUCAAGUCCGAUGUCCGUGGCCUCAAAAAACCCACAAGUGCCUUCAGAUGGGAGUUUGAAACUGAACAAAUCCAAAACCGAUUUGUUGGGAAACGAUCAUCCAGAUGCGGCACCCCUGUCGCCGGAACUCCAGGACUUCAAAUGCAACAUCUGUGGAUAUGGUUACUAUGGUAACGACCCCACCGACCUGAUUAAGCACUUCCGCAAGUACCACCUAGGACUGCAUAACCGCACGAGGCAGGAUGCUGAGCUUGACACUAAGAUCCUGGCCCUCCAUAACAUGGUGCAAUUCAGCCACUCCAAAGACUUCCAGAAAGUCAAUCGUACUGUGCUUUCCGGAGUGCUGCAGGACAUCAAUUCUUCCAGGCCUGCCUUGCUGAAUGGGACGUACGACGUGCAGGUUACUUCAGGUGGAACAUUUAUUGGAAUCGGACGCAAGACUCCCGAUUGCCAAGGAAACACAAAGUAUUUCCGCUGUAAAUUUUGCAAUUUCACGUACAUGGGCAAUUCAUCCACCGAACUAGAGCAACACUUUCUCCAGACUCACCCCAACAAAAUAAAAGCCUCCCUCCCUUCCUCUGAAUCUGGGAAAUCUUCGGAGAAAACCUCGAACAAAUCCAGCCCCACCCUGCGGUCUUGCGAUGCUGGGGACUUGGGGAAGUGGCAGGACAAAAUCACCGUUAAAGCAGGAGACGACACUCCCGUCGGUUACUCGGUGCCCAUCAAACCCCUCGAGUCCUCGAAACCAAACGGUACCGAUGCCACCAGCUACUACUGGUGCAAAUUUUGUAGUUUCAGCUGUGAAUCCUCCAGCUCGGUCAAACUGUUAGAGCAUUAUAGCAAGCAGCACGGUGGAGGCCGGCCGGUGGGCUUCAAUCCAGAUUUGAACGAUAAGCUCUCCAGGGGCUCGGUCAUCAAUCAGAAUGACCUAAUCAAAGGUGCAGAGGGGGAACCAGCCACCAAGGCAGAGAAAGGUCCCGGUGCAGCUAAAAAGAAAGAUUUCUCCAUCAAGGGAGCCGAGGAUAAUAUGGUCACGAGUUACAACUGCCAGUUCUGUGAUUUUCGCUACUCCAAGAGCCACGGCCCCGAUGUCAUUGUGGUGGGGCCGCUGCUCCGCCAUUACCAACAGCUCCACAACAUCCACAAAUGUACCAUUAAGCACUGUCCGUUUUGUCCCCGGGGCCUCUGUAGCCCAGAAAAGCACCUUGGAGAGAUUACUUAUCCGUUCGCUUGCAGAAAAAGUAAUUGUUCCCACUGUGCCCUCUUGCUCUUACACUUGUCUCCAGGGGCCGCCGGAAGCUCCCGAGUCAAGCAUCAGUGUCACCAGUGUACCUUCUCCACUCCCGAUGUCGAUAUUCUGCUCCUCCAUUAUGAAAAUGCCCACGAGCCCCAGGCCUCUGAUGUCAAACAAGAAUCGAAUCACUUGCCAGGGGCUGAUGGGCCACUGACUGUCAAAGAAAACAAGGAGCACUCGUGUACCAAGUGUGACUUUGUCACCCACCUGGAAGAAGAGAUUUCCCGACACUACAGGAGAGCUCAUAACUGCUACAAAUGUCGUCAGUGCAGCUUCACAGCUGCCGAUACCCAAGCACUACUAGAGCACUUCAACACUGCGCAUUGCCUGGAAUUGGACGUCACUACAGCCAAUGGAGAGGAGGACAGCCAUGGCACGUCUGCCAUCAAGGAGGAGCCCAAAAUUGACCUAAAGGUCUACAGUUUGCUCAACCCCGACCCCAAAACGGGAGAGUCAGUUUCUGACAGUGCGGUGAAGAGGGAGAAGGUGGACGAUAAAGAAGGGCUUAAAGACAAAACCUGGACCGACAGUUCCAGUGACGAUUUACGCGGUGUGACCUGGAGAGGGACGGACAUUUUGAGGGGGAGCCCGUCCUAUACCCAGGCGGGACUCGGCCUUCUCACCCCCGGCUCUGCCAGCCAAGAGCAGCCAAAGCCUUUAAGGGAUAGCCCAAACGUAGAAGCCGCACACCUUUCUCGGCCCAUCUACGGCAUGGCUGUGGAGACCAAGGGUUUUCUUCAGGGGGUGCCUGCAGGAGGAGGAGAGAAGUCCGGACCCCUCUCUCAGCCGUAUCCAGCCACAGGCGAUACCAAGUCUAAGGAUGAGUCCCAGUCUCUUUUACGGAGACGUAGAGGCUCUGGUGUGUUUUGUGCCAAUUGUCUGACCACAAAGACCUCUCUCUGGCGAAAGAAUGCAAAUGGUGGAUAUGUAUGCAAUGCGUGUGGCCUCUACCAGAAACUUCACUCGACUCCCAGGCCUUUAAACAUUAUUAAGCAGAACAAUGGUGAGCAGAUCAUUAGGAGACGAACGAGAAAGCGCCUUAACCCAGAGGCACUCCAGACUGAGCAGUUAACCAAACAGCAGCGGGGUAGCUCUGAGGAGCAGCUCAAUGGAAGCCCAUUAGAAAGGAGGUCAGAUGAUCACAUACCGGAAGGUCAACAGAGAGAAAUCCAGCUCCCCGGUCUGAGUAAAUACGAGACGCAGGGCGCGUUGACUAAAAGCCAUUCAGCUCAGCAGCCGAUACUGGUCAGCCAAACUCUGGAUAUUCACAAAAGGAUGCACCCUUUGCACAUUCAGAUAAAAAGCCCUCAGGAAAGUACUGGAGACCCAGGAAAUAGUUCAUCAGUGUCGGAAGGGAAAGGAAGCUCCGAGAGAGGCAGUCCGAUAGAGAAAUACAUGAGACCUGCGAAACACCCAAAUUAUUCGCCACCAGGAAGUCCAAUCGAGAAGUACCAGUACCCGCUCUUUGGACUCCCGUUUGUACAUAAUGACUUCCAGAGUGAAGCGGAUUGGCUGCGGUUCUGGAGUAAGUAUAAGCUGUCCGUUCCUGGGAACCCGCACUAUUUGAGUCAUGUGCCUGGCCUACCGAAUCCUUGCCAAAACUAUGUGCCUUAUCCCACCUUUAAUCUGCCUCCUCAUUUCCCAGCUGUUGGAUCAGACAAUGACAUUCCUCUAGAUUUGGCAAUCAAGCAUUCCAGACCUGGACCAACCGCCAAUGGCGCUGCUAAGGAGAAAACGAAAGCGCCAUCGAGUGUAAAAAAUGAAGGUCCCUUGAAUGUAGUAAAAACAGAAAAAGUCGAUAGAAGUACUCAAGACGAACUUUCGACAAAAUGUGUGCACUGUGGCAUUGUCUUUCUGGAUGAAGUGAUGUAUGCUUUGCAUAUGAGUUGCCAUGGUGACAGUGGACCUUUCCAGUGCAGCAUAUGCCAGCAUCUUUGCACGGACAAGUAUGACUUCACAACUCACAUCCAGAGGGGCCUACAUAGGAACAAUGCACAACCUGAAAAGAACGGAAAAACUAAAGAUUAAAACCUUAGCACUUAGCACAAUUAAAUAGAAAUGGGUUUUCUCGAUGGGAAUUCAAUAGCUUGUAAUGUCUUUUGAAGACCUAUAAAGUCAUGCAUAGAGCCUGCCUUAUCCAAUAUAAAAUCCCUAUUUUAUUGUAUUUUCCUUUUUUUUUUUUUUUUUUUUUGCUUUUUUUUCCGAGGAGUGGGUCAGCAAGAGUCAAAAGCGAAGCGGGUGGAAGUCAGCAGGGAAGAAAGGGGAAUGAUAAUCAUUGGAAACCUAGUAAAUCAAAGCCACAGUAAAUAAAAGCGAUCCAGAAAAAACACCCCUGAGAAACAUCCCCAGACAACAAUCACUCCGGUUGUUCAGAGAGAAACAGACACAUCCAGGUUGCAGCAGGGUUUGUUAUGCACUGCGUACGCUCCAUAGGCGGUGAGGUGUGAUUGCCCAAUAUUUUCCUAAAGAAGGCUUAAUUCUAGGGAUAACGUAUAUUGGGCGGGAGAAGCAGCGAGCCAGAAACCAGAGGGGGAGAGAGACGGUCUCCUGGCCGGCCCUAGGAGCGCCCGAGGAUAAUUGCGGGCCUUCCAAAAACCCCCCCGUCUCCCCUGUGGCCGUGGAACCUGGGAGGGCAGGAUGGAUAUAUGAGCAAAAGGCACGAUGGGAAUAUCUCUGAGGCUCCCACCCUGUCCUGGUCCUACCCCCACCACAUAUACCCGUGCCCCCUGCCCCUUUGAUACUUACGCCCUUUAAAUAUUCAAAUUCUCAGUAGCUAUCUUAGUUCGCAGUUUGAGUUUCUUUUAUCCGUAUGUGGCCACUGUUUAAAGCAGGGUCCCGAAUGCUUUAUAUGUAGUUUCUUCAUCCAGAUAGUUCUUCUUUUGAGUGAUGAACCAGUUUUUUUGUUAGUUGUUGUUGUUGUUCUAAGCCAUCACACUUUGUCACUAACCGUACCUGGCACAUUGCGACUGAAGGAACCCCCUUGGAUCAAAUGGACAGCCAAACCAUGGGCUUAAUUUCUCUGGAACAUUAUCUCCAUAAAGUCGCCUACUGCCUUCCUAUAUCUGUGCGGGGGUUAAAUAGACUUUCUAAGCUUUGUGGUCCGAGAGAGUCUAAGGUUACUUUUCUGCCGCCAGACGGUUGGUACACUUGCCAGCCGCUCCCUUCGUUAGACUUCUACCAGUUUAGGCAAUUUAGCAUUAAAUAGAAUUCUUAGAAGACUAUCUUCCUAGUUCUUUUAAUACUUAAGGCUUUGUAAAACAAUCCGUGACGGGAAAAGCUUCUCAGCAUAACUGCUCAGGGAAAUAGGGCUAAAUAACUGAACAUUAAAUAAUUGGUUAAAGGUGCUGUUAGACGAGCCUCAAUGCUUGCUACAAGGAUGUUCAAGGACUGACUUUAAUCAUUUGCAUUAUAUUGUCCUGACCAGUAGUUUAUUUUUUUGCCACGGAGAUGUAGAAGAUAUUACAAGCUACUGGAUGCACUGUCAGAUUAACUUAUUUCAUUAAAGAAGUUGGGAGAACAAAUAGGAAAAGAAAACUUAUUUUUCUAGUAAAUAUUAAUGUAUUACAUUUCAAAUAAUGGUGCCUGACAUAUUGAAUAAUUAUUUUCUACAGUGUACGUAUGCAACAAAGAUAUUCCAUCAUGCAUUAGAGUCAGUUCUGGCUCUGCCUCGCUGUUUACAUUUGCAAAUGUAGCAAACAAGGUAAUGAAGCAACUAUUUCUAUUGCAGUAGAUAUCUUUUUUUUGUGUGUGCAUUAAAGUUGUAAACGGUAACAUGAAAUGAAUGAAAUUUGUUGAUAUAAUGGUAUGGAAAACAGGAAGGAAAUGAAAAUAUUUUUAUGCCUACUUAGGAAAAAAAGGGUAGCACUAUUCAUUCCAAGUACUUUUGUAUUCUUAAGCUCUUAACUCACAUUGUUAUGCUUAAAAUGAUAAACAUAUAUGCUCUUUUUAUUGCUUUGUCUAUGUUUCAGAGGAAACAUUUCAGAAAUGAUAUUGAUAAGUGCUGUUGACUUGGCAGCACUGUGUUUUUAUUGCAUUCUGUAGUAGCAUUGCACUCCAUUUUUACAAUAUUAUGCAGUUGCUUUUUGUGUUUUGGGUUUGUUUCUUUUUGCAGUGCAGGGUCUUAGUUUCUUAAAGUUGGAUGGCAGGUGUAGUUCAACUGGUUCAUGAAUGUUGCAAUGAAUGAAGUUAAACUGUCGUUGUGAUAUUAUGUUGUCUUUUCCAUUCGUGCAUUUUAUUUUUUAAUGUUAAAAAAAAAAUCAGGACUAAGUCCUUCCCUUGAGUUUCAUUGUUAAGGGUCUUUUCCAAUCUCACUUACAUCCCGCAUAGCUCUCCAGUUCUCCCAGCUGAAGGGAAGAUGGGGUGUGAGUGGCUUCUGGGUUCUGAUGUCGUGAUGCCAUUUUCUUAUUUAUGAAAUUUUGAUGCACAUACUUGUUAAUGGACCAGUAAGGCUGAGGGUUGGGAAAUACAAAUCUGAAAAGAGGGGAACUUAGUCACAUGACAGCGACCCCCUUGUAGUAGAAAAAAAUAAGAGGUAAGCAGGAUGUAAGUAGCUCGCCAACAACAGUGUGCAUGGGCGGAUUCUCCUAACUGAGCACCAAGAUUUUACUAAUCUUGCCGGUACUGACUGCGCGAAGAUGUACUUUUCCUCAGACUGUUUCUCCAAUGUGCAGGUACUAAGAGGCAGUUGAACACUGGCCGAGAAGCAUGCAUCCCUCCCACCCAUCUUCCCCUACAGCAGGUACAUUGGUGUGGAACACCCUACGCUCCUUUUCUUGAUUGAGUUUGUUUUCAGGGCCCAUUCUGCCCAGUGGUCUCCGAGAGCAGGAAACUCAUCUUGUGGCAACUCCCUCCUCUGUUGUCAUUAUUUUGGAGGGAGUUUGUGGAUUCACACGUCCCAGAACAACCUUUUUAAUAGCUACAGUUGUUGGGUUAACGGUCAUUCUAUUUCCAGACACAUCUCAGUCUAGAUGGUGCCUUCGUUUCGCCCCUCAAAUGUCAAGAAGAUAGCCAGAAGUCCUUUAAGUUUUAGGAGCAGCUUUUAAUUCCUCCUGGGGACGCUGCCUAGAGGUCAUUCCGUUCCCACUUCUCCAGGAAUUCCUAGGUAUUCCCAGAGACUAAGGCCUUGGCAGGAGCUCUUCCAGCGCCAGAACGCUGGAUGCCCAAGGGAAUGCUGAAAAUGAAAAGUCGCACAUAAUCUGAAUGACACUUUUGGCCAAGGUUCGGACAAAAUCCUGUUCCCUCUCUGCUGUCCCUCAGGGUUUCCCACCCUGUGUCCAGCUCAUUCUCAUUUCUUUCAAUGCAUGAACAUGUCGCUCCUUCUGCUUUUCUCAGCACACCCCCCCACACACGCUUCAAAUGUUGUUAGGCAUGGAUAUGGCUCAUCCAGUCAUCACUCCUUUAGAGAUGGAGGUUUGAGAGACAGGCGCUUGUCAGUGUAAGAGAGCAAGAUGGUUCUCCAAACAUUAGCAUCAUGACUAUGUAGUAAAAAAGGAAGGAAAAAGAAAAAAAAGCCACUGGGCCCAGUCUUCUCUACAUGACAUAUUGAGAUGUUCUAAAAAUUAUUCUCGUAAAAUAGUGAUAUUUUGUUCUGAACUGUUCUCUUUUAGUAAAGGUAGUUUUUAGAAAACAAGCAUGGGGAGUCUUUUCUAUGGUAAUAUUAAUGAAAAGGAAAAAAAAAAACUCUAAUAACAGCUCUUUUUCGUUGAAGCCUGUGGUAGCACAUUAUGUUAAUGAUGGCACUUGUGCACAUAAUCUGUUACGAUCCGAUGCAUUUGCAACUCC